UUAGACAGUUUUCACAGAAUUACAACAGUCGUAACUUUACAACCGACCACUCCACUAUUAUUUUAAUAAAUCGCGCGUGACAGCUUAAUAAAAAAUCAUUUAAAUUAAAUAGCAAGAUAACAAUUAAGAAAAACAAAAAUAUUUUAUUUUAAAAUAAAAGAAAUGGAUUUGUGACAAAAUGACUGAUUAUGUCCAGGAGCACAAAAAUUUGAAUAAAAUCUAAGCCAAGAUUUAAGUUGUCAAUUAUGUGGUGGAGAUAAUUUAUCCGGAGAAUUUUAAAUAAAGAGAUAAAAAGUUUAAGUAUAUUGGGUGAGUGGUAAAGUGAAGUGGGUCUCGGUGAGAUGGCCUUCAUGAUGAAGAAGAAAAAGUACAAAUUUUCAGUUGAACUUGUUCUGGAGGAACUCACCGCAGUGCCUUUUGUUAGUGCGGUUUUAUUUGCCAAGAUGCGGCUGCUAGACGGCGGAUCUUUCGUUGACCAUUCAACCAGGGAAGAAGUUCAGGAGCACACGGUACGAUGGAAUGCUAAAUUUGAAUUUUUAUGCAAAAUGAGUGCCAGUGCCUCUACUGGAGUCCUCGAUCCCUGUGUUCUGCGGAUAUCCAUAAGAAAAGAAUUAAAAGGAGGUCGAUCAUUUCAAAAAUUAGGAUUCACUGAUCUAAACCUUGCGGAGUUUGCUGGAGCUGGAUUGUGUAGACGCAGAUGUUUGUUGGAAGGCUAUGACGCGCGUCACCGUCAGGAUAAUUCGAUGCUGAGAGUCGCUAUCAAGAUGAACAUGCUCUCUGGAGACAUUCUUUUUAAAGUACCGUCGCCGUCGUUGAAACAAACUCAGUUAACGGUUCCUGGUGCUCCAGGUGCUCCAGGAAUUGCUGAUGAAAUAAUUGGUGGUGACAGAUGUUCUAAUCGCGAGGACUACGUAUCAAGUGGUUCUUUAGCUGGCAGUACUGCGAGCGCUAGCAGUGGGUUUGGUAGUCUUCCUAAAAAGAGACCUGCGCUCUUUUCUUCCGAAUUGCUUAGCGGGACGGAGUCUUACGACCCAAUGACAUUAAAUGAAGUGGUACCUUCAGCAGUGCCUCCAGAUGUACUGACCGAGGUUCACACUGAGUCAGGACACUCUCGAAACUCGAGUAACACCAGCCAACUGAGCAAAGGCUCCGGCUACGGUUCCCUAAACUCCCACAGUCAGCACAGCAGACAAAGCAGCAGCGGUGACAGCGGACACAUCAGGUCACCCUCUUGGCCGGUAUGGGCGCCACGGCUCCCUACCCUGUCACAAAACGAACCUUACCAACAGAAAAGUUCCCUGAAUAGUCAGACAUUAUUAACUCCCCCGUCACCGCUGUCUCGAUUGAGUACAGAAACGUCAACUCCAAAACGUUUUUGGUCAAGUUCGAUCCCAACCGAACCCGUAAGAUCCUUGAGCAAUGUCCUAAAAACAAGUUGCCCAGUUGGUUCAAAUGCCAACGGCACCUGCUCUACCCGAGACAGCAUUAACUUCAAAAGACCUCCGCCGCGAAUUUCCCAGUCAACCUGGCGCAAUAUGUCCAAGACUUGUGACUGCAUUGACCACCAGCCAAGUCCAGUUAUAUUGCGCCUCGGUGACCAGACACGUGCUGUCUCAUCACCAGAUCCUCUUCAUCGUCCCGAAACUCCUCGCGCCUCCUCGUUUAUCUCCGCCGCUGCUCAGACCCUCAGAAAUCCUUCUGGUGGAUCGGGACUCAGUGAAACUGGAUCAUUGGAUCGCGCAAAAGCAGCACUUGAGCGGCGGAAAAAAGCUGAAGACUCGACUGGUAACUCGGUAGCUUGCAGAGUUGAAGUGACACGUCCUAAUCCGGACUCAUUAAUUGACGAAUUGCUUAAAGCAACAAAUUUAGAACAGACUGAUCUUGAAAGUGCUGAGACGUCUGGACUGCAAUUAUUUAUUGGAAAAGACGGUACAACAGCACUUGGUAGUCAUGAAAUAAAAAGCCAAAUGCCGGCAGGUGUAUUUAAACAAGUUGUUAUGGAAGAAAACAAUAGGUAACAUCAGCAGAUAACGACGACAAUGUCGUCGACGUCUGGAUCCUCACUAAGAAGACAGUACUCGUCAUCACGACAGUCAACAAUACCACCAACAUUUUCACUAGCUCUUGUACCGGAACUCGUUAUGGAAACUUCCGAACCAAGAUAGUAAAAAAACUUAAUAUUUUUUGAAAAUAUAUAUAUUAUUUAUCCAGUUUUUCAUUUUAUAAAAAUUUUUUUCGGGAAUUCCUGUCUGAUUUCUACAGUCCACUGAAUUCUGAUCACGUCUGAAUCGCACACGAGACUAAGACUUUAUUUUCCUUAUUUUUACUCUACUAAAUAAUUAUUUAAAAUAUUUUCUUCCUGGACUAAAAAGAAAUUUGUAGUUAAAAUAAAAUUUUAAACAAAUUAAAUAGAUAGAAAAUUAAAUAAAAGUUUUAUCGAUUUUUAACGACGAUUACUUGCAUCAAUUUUUAUUUAAAAAUGUAAAUAUUUCAAUCAAAUGGCUAUGGUGUUUUUUUCCUUUAAUUUUUAUGAGCUUGAAUUAAUUGAUAUUUCGAUGCAAGUUAAUUAAAUGUUAAAAAUUUGUAUAUAUUAAAUAUUAAAUAUUAAAUUUAAAAAUAUGUAGUUGUUAUUUAGAUAAGUGGCGCUUCAAACAGACAAAUAAUUAUUUAAAAUAUUUAAUUGUGGCUCUGGAAGUUUUAAAUCAUAAAAAAAAUGAAUACAAAUUUAUUUAUGUGUCAUAACUUUUUUAAUUUUGAAUUUAUCCAUUCGCGGGUAAGGACCUUUUUUGUAGGAAAUUUAAUUUCAUACAAAAAAGUUUUAUGCCGCGAGUCGAUUAGUUCAGUAUUUAAAAAAUUAUUAAAACAAUUAAAUUCCGCGAGAUUAAAAUUUUUGUUAUUCAAAAUAAACGGAGCCAAAUUUAAUUAUUUAUUCAAACAUCAAUCGAUAAAUUAAUAUUAUUUUUUAAUUUGAAAGUAAAACGAAAUUUUGUUCGCCACUUGAUGGUUGCCAUAAAUUCAAAUUUAAAAAAUUAAAAAACUAAAAAAAGGUGGAAUUGAAGGAUAUUUAUUAUUUAAUUAAUUAAUAAAAUUAGACUUGCCAAAAUAUAAUUACUAUUUUUUUUUUGUUAUUUUCGAUUAUUAAAUCAUCACGUGACAUCACUGACUGAUUUCUUAAGGUAUUAAUAAGAACUAUUAUUAUUAUUAAUUAUAAAACGCAGUGGCUUCUUAAUUAUUUCUCAGUGACUAUUUUCUUCCAAUUGUAUGAAAAUAUGAAAUUUUUUAAUUAUAUUAAUAUUUUGUAAAGAGAAUGAUGAGUUUAUUCAAAUAAUAUUUUUAUUACAAAUAUCUACUUUUUUUUUUUAAAACAAAAUUUGAUAUUUGUAAUAAAAUAUUUUCAUCAUUUUCUGUCGAGUAAUUUUUAUUGUAUAAUUAUAAUUAUUAGUACUAUAACAAUUAAUUAAUAAAUCAAUUUUUUCUUUUCUUUUUUUUUUAAA